AUGAAGUAUAUUCACGCCAUCAUACUCACCCUCAUCCUCGUCACCUUCUUCUGCUGUUUCUUCGGCUACUGUCUGAUGAGGAGCUGUCGGAGGGCUGUUGAUCUGGAGUUUCAGGAAAUAAAUUACAUGAGAGAUGUUGAGGCGCAGGCUGGAGGAAGCGUUAGUGUAGGAGCGAGGAGUAAGGAUGGUAGUAAGACGAGGAGUAAGAGCGGAGGAGCAAAGAGCGAAAACGGACAAGGCAGUAAAGCGACGAAGAGUGCUGGUAGUGGAGGUGGAGCAGCGAAGAGCAACGCCGGUGGUCAUGUUGCAGGAUGGGACGGAGGUGGAGGUGGAGAAGCUCCGUGGGACGCCACGCCUGCGGGAGACAGUGGUGUCAAAUGGUAA